AUGGACCGCGGGACCGGAAGUGGGCACUUGGAGCCGUUGCUUCCCUCUCUCCUCCGUCGGCGCUGCCUCGGCUGGGCCAUGGGCGACGGAGCGGCGGAGCUGGAGCUUUUCCGUCGGCGCUGGCGGGCCGAGUUGGCCGAGCAGGGAAGGCCGAGGCGGAGGGGCCGGAAACGGCCGCGGGAGGCGGAAGGCGGAGCGCGGGAGGAGGCGGUGCGAGGCUGGGGCGGCUGCGGGGCCCUGGCUCGGUGGGAGCCCGAAGGCGAGGCCGAGCUGCUCGGAGCGCGGAGGAGCCUCGCCGGCCCUGACCCCCAGAGGAAGCCGGCUCCCCUCGCCGAGGCUCCCGCCGGAGGAGGAGGAGGAAAGGAGGACCUCCUGGGGCAGCUCAUCCAGGACUUGAAUGAAAUCAAUGAGGUCCCCUUCUUUGACAUCCAGCUGCCUUAUGAACUAGCAUUAAAAAUAUUUCAGUUCCUGGGCCGGACAGAGCUGGGGAGGUGUGCUCAG